CUUUUACCUCGCCCAUCUUGAGUCAGCUGUGCACUCCAGCGAAAGAUACAAGUAUACGAGAACAAUGAAAUCGUAAUCAGACCUAGGAUCAGAUCCUUCCCACGUCUUAACGAGGUAACAAAAAAACGGAGUAGCAGCCAGCCAUUCAGGUCCUUCUCAGCGCGAGAGCCGCUCUACAAUAACGACUGACCGCUGUGACUUUCAGAGGACGGACAGAGAUACAGUCCGUCUGCUGAGUUGUAGAGAAGCGCCUUUAUUUCUCCGGUCGGUGGCUUUGAGAAGUGAACCUGCGGUGCUCCUGCGAACAGUCUUUAAAGGAAGUUGCGAGCUACCGCGAGUCAAAGUUUAAGCGUCAGCUGCGUUUGUGCGGCUUGUGUUACACGCUCGACAGUUUCUAAAUAACUUCAUGCGACUUAGUUUUACUACCAACUGCUGUGGAGUAGAUGAAGAGGCAGUGGUUCAGAAAUAACGCUUAAAUUGGUGUUUACGGGAGUAUUUUUUAAAUGGAAGCCUCCGCAGUCUGGGGCGUGUCAGUGAACAGCCUUCGUUGGCUUUGUUUCUGUGGGCGCCAUCUAUCUCAUCAUGGACACCCAACUGAGCGGGGCCAGUAAAGGGGCCAGUGCCCUUCAGUCAGCACAGACCUCAUCACGUCAUAGAUGCCACUCACUGUCUUUACCCCUGUAUGACUGACUGUUACGGAAACAAUAAAGCUUACAUUCCUCUUAGCUUGAACAAAAGAGCCAUGCAGCCGCUGCUGUCCCUCAGUGUCUUUUGGCUGCUGCCCCUGGCCUUGACGCUGGAAGAAAACUCACCACUGGACUGCGUCCCCCGUAGAUCUGUGCCUUAUCAUAGGGACAACGCUCACGUGUUUCGUGAGGAGGGAGUGUUCAACUAUUCCACUAUGCUGUUGAGAGAAGACCUGGACCUGCUAGUACUCGGUGCCAGGGAGGCAGUGUAUGCUCUUGAUCUCAAAGACAUCUCAAAGAAACUCGCUUCAGCUAAAUGGGAAGUGACAACACGGCAAAAAGAUGAUUGUAAAAACAAAGGAAAAGAUCCCGAGAUGGAGUGCAAGAACUACAUCAGAAUCCUGCAUAAGAUGGAGGAUAACAGAAUGUAUGUGUGUGGAACCAAUGCUUUUGAUCCUGUGUGUGAUUACAUGUCCUACGCAGAUGGAAACCUGACUCUUGAAAAUAAAGGAGAGGAUGGCAAAGGGAAGUGUCCGUUUGAUCCUUUCCAGAGAUAUGCCUCCGUCAUGUUUGAAAACAAGCUGUACUCAGCCACUUCAAUGAACUUCCUGGGCUCUGAACCCGUCCUGAUGCGCAGCUCUCCGGUCUCCAUACGCACGGAGUUCAAGAGCUCCUGGCUCAAUGAGCCCAACUUUGUUUCCAUGGCUCACAUGUCAGAGAGUGUGAUGAGUGCGUCAGGUGAUGAUGACAAGGUUUACCUGUUCUUCAGUGAGACCGCUGUGGAGUGCGACUGCUACAACAAACUGCUGGUUUCCCGCGUGGCCCGCGUCUGCAAGGGGGAUGUUGGAGGUCAGCGGACCUUGCAGAAGAAAUGGACAUCCUUCCUGAAGGCCAGGAUUGACUGUCCGGUGCUUGAGUCCCAGCUGCCGUACAUUAUCCAGGACACUUACCGCUGGUGUGACCCCCAGCAGCCCUGGAAGGACUGUUUGUUCUUUGCCGUCUUCACACCACAGUCGGAUACAUCAGACCUGUCUGCAGUGUGUGUGUACCUCGUGUCUGACAUCAGCAAAGUGUUUGCGGAGGGGAAGUACAAGACCCCAGUCCCAGUAGAAACGUCUUUUGUUAAGUGGGUGAUGUAUAGCGGAGACGUCCCUUUCCCUCGGCCCGGAGCUUGUAUAGACAAUUCAGCUCGUAAAGCGGGCAUAACUCAGACUCUGGACCUCCCGGACCGGACCCUUCAAUUUAUCAAAGAUAAGCCCCUCAUGGACCAUGCUAUCCAGCCAAUAGGAGAGGCACCUCUACUGGUGCGAAGGGGAGCUAAAUUCACACGCAUCAUAGUUAACCAAGUGCAGGCCGCAGAUGGCGAGAAGUACCACGUGAUGUUCAUAGGCACAGAGGAAGGCACAAUGCUGAAAGCAGUGAACUACAAUGGAGAAAUGUUCAUCAUAGAGGAAGUACAACUCUUCCAGCCUCCACAUCCAAUCAAGAUUCUGAAAUUCUCUAAUGUCACGCGUCAGCUCUAUGCAGGCUCAGACUACGGAGCAGCACAGAUACCACUGGCCACCUGUGGGAGGUCCUCAUCCUGUAUGGAUUGUGUUCUAGCCAGAGACCCAUACUGUGGCUGGGACACAGUUGGUGGGAAAUGUAUUGUCAUUUCUAAUUCACAGAGAGAGCUAAUCCAAAGUGUGAAAGAAGGAGAUGCCUCUCUUUGCCCAGGUGCUGAUCCGGUUAAGCCUGUGAAUCAGUCCAUCUGGCUCGGGGGCAACGUGAAGCUCAGUUGCCCCUCGGCUUCUAACCUGGGAAAAACCACCUGGGAGCAGGACAGCAGCCCUCUGACCCUUUCGACUCAUCUUCAGCUUCUGCAAGAUGGACUGCUUAUCUUCAACGCCUCACACUCCGACACCGGUGUGUACCGCUGCUUGUCUGUGGAGCGCUCCAAAGCUGGCGAGUACACAACCACUUUGGCUGAGUACCACGUUAGCAUUCCAGAAGGCGGUGAUGACAGGAAUGUGAUUUCUCCUGAAGCUCAGAUCAAUGGCCCCUCCUUGGCUGGACUUCAGGUCGUAGUCGGGUUACUUCUAGUUUCUCUUCUUGCCCUUUUGGCCUGGAACUUUUACAAAGGCCACCUACCGCUGCCCUGGAACUAUAGGAAGAAGAAUAGAGAACAAUCCCAGGAGACUCCAGAUCAGGAGGGACUGAACUCCUGCACGACCUACCAAGAUGCACAGAGGCCCGCAUUGGCGGAGGACAAGCCCCUAGUGUCAGGAAUAGACAACGGCAGCAGGAAUAACAACCACACCAGAGGGGCAGCGGCAUUCAGUGCUGCAGAGGAGAACGAUGACUCGACAUUUACUCCUCCAUCUCUGCAGUAUAUUGAUGACGAGUCUGAAAUGUGAAAAGCACAAUACAAUAUUCGCUCAACAUUCAAUAAUUCCUGAACUGAUGACUGCAGUAAAGAAACUGGUUUGGAGAACUCCCAUUCAGCAUUCAAGUUGGACAAUAAAUGGGAGUUCAAACCAGUUUCUUUACUGCAGUCAUCAGUUCAGCAGGAAUUUAGAGUUGAAAUUUCAGUUUAUGAGGCAUUUCCAGUGAGUUGGAGUAUAAAAACAUUCAGAGGGGUUGAAACAUUGUUUUCAGAGUUUGAACUGUUGCGACUAAACACACCAAAAGAUUUUAUAAUACAAUUUUGUAUCAUUGCCAUGAAUUUCUGCUUCACUUUGUUUUAAUGCAGCUGUGUGUACAUUUAAAAGUAUGCUUUAGUUUACUAAUUAUUAUAAAUCCCAUUUUUAGAUUACAAGAAAUUUCAAAGAUUCAUGAUUUUCACAGGGAAUGUACAAUAACUGAAACUGAGCCAUGAUAUUUUUAACCACUAGCUGCAAAGAUUUAGUUUUAUUAAACAUUUUCUACCUGG